UGACGACAAGGACGACACAUCCACGGCUGCUUCCUUCCUCUGUUUUUAACGCUUCCAGCGGGGAUUUAUACUCUCUUUUCCUCUGUUUUUAUCGCCUUUAGCGGAGAUUUAUUCCAUCUUUUGCUCUGUUUUUUAUUGCUUUUAGCGGGGGUUUAUUCCCUGUUUUCCAGGGUCUGUGUGUGUUUGCGGACCUGUUAGCCUGUUAGCUCUGCUGUAGCCAUUAGCGCCAAUGCUAACCAAAAUGUAAUUUAGAUAAUUAACAUGUAAUUCAUCUAAGGGCGAGUAAAUAUCGUUUAUAACAUAAUUAUAGACAAUGAUUAACCAAAAUCGGCUGAGAGGGUUGUCAAACGAUCAAGACGUCAAGGAUGUUAAACUAUUGGCAUUUGUAUGUUUCUUUUAAUCAACUAAAUUCAUGCUGCAAAGUGUAAACUUAGUCAGUAAAUAUGCUUUUAAUAGAGCCAAAGUUACAAUAUUUGAUAUAAAAGUUGGUCUAGUUUUGCUUAAUAGGUCAAAACAACCCCAUGGAGUGAAAUCAAGAGGGGAGGAAACUGUUUUUCAACCAACCAACUUCCCUUUUUUCUCUUUUUCCCCUCUUUCACAAUUUUCCUCUGAAUUGUUAGGUGUGUUCAGUUAUUUAGCUUUUCCUCUGAAUUGUUGCGUGUGUUAAAGUCAGAGGGGGAAGUCUUUGGUCCAGUGGCGGCUGUCACUUCUCCCCCCACUCCUCACGGGUCAGAAAGGUCAGAGCUGCCCAGGCAUGCGUGUCUCAUCGCUGCUGGCCGUGUUCCGGCCGGCGCUGCCCCUGAUCCUCGGCCUGUCUCUGGGAUGCAGCCUCAGCCUCCUCAUGGUGUCCUGGACGCAAGGGGAGACGGACGAGUCCUGCAGGGACGAACUGGGGAACGGCAAACUCUUUCUGGGGAGAAAAGACCCCCAGAGGGAGACGGAUGUGGCUGCUGAUGAGGACUUCCAGCCACGUAUCGUGCCCUAUCACAAGGACCCAAAUAAGCCACACAAGAAAGUCCUCAGAACUCGAUACAUCCACACCGAGCUGGGCAUCAGAGAGCGGCUGCUGGUGGGUGUGCUGACCUCCCGGGCCACGCUCAACACCCUUGCUGUGGCCGUGAACCGGACAGUCGCCCACCACUUCCACCGGACCUUUUUCUUCACGGGCUUGCGCAGCCCCAAAGUGCCUCACGGGAUGACUGUGGUUGCCCACGGUGACGACCGGCCGGUGUGGCUGAUGUACGAGACGGUACGCCACCUGCAUCAGCACUACGGGUCGGACUACGACUGGUUCCUGUUAGCCCAGGACGACACCUACAUGCAGGCGGAUCGCCUCUCGGAGCUCGUGGGCCACCUCAGCGCCGGUCAGGACCUGUACAUGGGCCGGGCCGAGGAGUUCAUCGGAGGGGAGGAGAAGGCGCGCUACUGCCACGGGGGCUAUGGCUACCUGCUGUCCCGCAGUCUGCUGGCCCGUCUGCAGCCGCAUCUCGACGCCUGCCGUAACGACAUCCUCAGUGUGAGACCUGAUGAGUGGCUGGGCCGCUGCAUUAUUGACUACCUGGGUCUGAGUUGUGUGGAGGUGCAUCAGGGGAUGGCGUAUCGUUACUUUGAGCUCGGGAAAAAUGCAGAUCCAGAGCGAGAAGACAGCGGCGAGUUUAAAAAUGCCUUCACGGUUCACCCUGUGUCUGAACCAAAUCUCAUGUAUCGUCUACACAAACGCUUCAGCCACAUCGAGCUGGAAUGGACCUACCAGCAAAUCCAGCAGCUGCAGAUGCAGAUCAGCAACCUGAGCGGCCUGACGCCAGAGGGCAAAGCUGGGGUCACAUGGCCCGUAGGAAUCAACUCUCCGUUCAAACCCAAGACCCGCUUUGAAGUCAUCAACUGGGACUACUUCACAGAAGAGCAUAUUUACUCGUGCGUCGACAGCUCACCUAAGUGUGAGAUGAGAGGAGCAGACCGAGCCGACGUUGGCGCGAUACUAGAAAUCGCAGUGGAGCGGCUGAACGAGCGCUACCAGCCACAGCUUCGCUUCCGCAAGCGCCGAUUGCUCAACGGGUACCGGCGCUUCGAUCCCACGCGUGGUAUGGAGUACAUCCUGGACCUGGCGCUGGAGGCCUUCACCCAGAAAGGACACAGCCAGGUCAUCGCCAAACGGGUCAACCUUUUGCGACCCCUGAGUGCAGUGGAGAUCAUUCCCAUGCCGUACGUGACCGAGGCGACGAGGGUUCAGGUCAUUCUGCCGGUGACGGUCCAGGACCAGGACUAUGUUGGGAACUUCCUGGACAUGUACGUGAUGAACACCCUGGACACCCAUGACAACGUCCUACUGACCUUCUUGUUCAUCUAUGACCCGUUUGAUGCGCAGCGGGUCAGCCAGACGGACGUGUUUGCGGGCAUCAAGGCCAUGAUCGGGGAGGUUGAGAAGCGGUACGGAGACGUGAAGAUCCCAUGGAUCAGCGUGAAGACCGAGGUGCCGUCACAGGUCAAACUGAUGGACAUCAUUUCCAAGAAGCACCCUGUGGACACGCUGUUUUUCCUGGCGAGCGUGUGGACAGAGGUCAACGCCGACUUCCUGAACCGCUGUAGGAUGAACGCCAUCAGCAACUGGCAGGUCUUCUUCCCGGUCCACUUCCAAGAGUUCAACCCGGCCGUCAUGUACCGCGACCAGCAGCCCUCCGCCUCCUCGUUCGCCUCCGAGUCGCUGCGCGACGGCCACUUCGACCGGCACAUCUUCGAGGAGGCUUGCUUUUAUAACGCGGACUACAUGAGCGCACGCACCAAGAUGGCGGCGGACAUUCUAGACAACGAGGAGCUGCUGGAAAGCAUGGACGUGUACGACAUAUUUGUGCGCUACUCGGGGCUGCACGUCUUCAGAGCGGUGGAGCCGGCGCUGAUCCAGAAGUACGUGCGGCGGGCGUGCAACCCCCGGUUCAGCGAGGACAUCUACCACCGCUGUGUCCUCAGCAACCUGGAGAGUCUGGGCUCACGCUCGCAUCUAGCCAUGGCUCUGUUUGAGCAGGACCAGGCCAACAGCACAUAGAAGAGAGACCUACUGAAACCUCAAAACAUGCCUGGACUGAACGAUACUGACGCUCAUGUAGGUGAAUCUACUCAUCAUGCAUUAUCUUGAUCCUUAUACUCGGAUUACCAGUAUUUUACAGGGUGGAAAGAUAUUCUCGAUCAGUCAGCUGCCUCAGACGAGUCCCUCAAUCCGGAUCCUGCGGCUGAAAGUCUCCCUGCUUGUUAAUGGAAACUUUUGACAUCUAAAUCUGUAACUUUAAAUGUUUCAUGCCCAGACGGUGACCAAUUCUGAGUCACGGAGGUGUCUCGACCAGAGCGGCUGUACGGAGGAGCUGUUAACUUGUAUUCUCACUGUUGAUGUUUUUUCUCGGAUGAGGUGAGCUGUAAUAUUUAUAUUCCCAGUUUUUAACAAGCUGUCAGAGUGUCUGAUGUAAUGAAUGAACAAAGGCCUUGAUUGUUAAUAAUUAAUUCAAAAACUUGAGCCAUAGGUCUUCCUUUGAGAAGAUCUAAAAGAACAAAAAUACUGAAAACUAGCUGUUGCCAUUGGCUGCAUUUUCAUUCAGAUGUGUUCCUUUUUUUAAAGAGAUAUUAAAGAGUGAUAUUUCC